UUGGGUUGAUAUCCAUACCGUUUACAAUGAUUAAACCACGAUAAACAUCAAAGUUGUUAUUUCUGUCCAUAAUUUCUUGACUCUAGAUGUCACGAGAGGGCUCCCAGUGAACACUAUUUACAUGGCCAACUGAUGCGUAGGUAACAUUAUUCCAUUUACCGGAACGUGAAUGGAUGAAAGAUACGCAACCCAUCAAUUCUACAACCGUGAUUUGGGGUGUUCUGUGGACAUGACAAAACCCGCUGAGCUGAAGGGCCCUGAUCGACAAUUUAAUUCAAUGUAAAUACAUAUCAGUUAUUUCGACGAAUUAUUUCAAAUGCCAAUCGUAACCUCUAAAAUGCUUAAGGGAAAGGGCCAAUUAAAAUUUGAAGACAAAUGGCCUCUGAUGCGCCCCAUUGUUUUGAAACUGUUAAAGCAAGAGCCCGUAUCUCCAGCAGAAUGGCAAGAGUUAUUUUAUGAUGUACAUUUAGUCUGCCUGUGGGAUGAAAAAGGUCCUGCGAAACUAAGGGAUCACCUACAGGAAGACAUUGUACAGUUUAUUAAACAAGCCCAAGCACGUGUGCUAGCCCAAAGGCAAGAUGAAGCUUUGUUAAAGGCGUACAUAGCAGAGUGGCAAAAGUUUUUUACACAAUGCAACUAUUUACCUACACCAUUUAGACAAUUAGAGACUUCUUUACAAGGAAAAACAUCAGGAACAGCUAAUGUACAAAGUGGGAGUGGGAAAAAGGGAGCCACUGAUGAAAGCAUAGUCAGGAAGUUAAUGCUUGACUCUUGGAAUGAGAGCAUUUUUAAGGACAUCAAACAUCGACUUCAAGAUAGUGCCAUGAAGCUCGUGCAUGCCGAGAGAAAUGGAGAAGCAUUUGACGCUCAACUUGUAAUAGGUGUUAGAGAAUCAUAUGUCAACCUGUGCUCUAAUACAUAUAACAGAUUACAAAUAUACAGAGAAAACUUCGAAGCGGCGUACAUCCAAAGCACAGAGAUGUUCUACAGACUGAAAGCCCCCGAACAAUUGGAAAGUAAUGGUGUUCAAUCUUAUAUGCGCUAUGCGGACAGUAAGUUAAGGGAAGAAGAAGCACGCGCUCAACGUUACCUUGAAGCUGGAAGUAAUGGAGUUAUCCAAUGCUGUGUUAAAGUUUUAGUCAGUAAUACGCUUUCCGUUCUUCUGGCGGAGUGUGCACCGUUAAUUAAAGCCGGAGAAACCGAAAGGCUUCAGUUAAUGUUUCGAUUGCUGGAGAGAGUUCCAGAAGGAGUGCAACCGAUGUUGACUGAACUAGAAAAUCACAUUAUUCAAGCUGGUUUAGCCGAUAUGGUUGCAGCCGCGGAUAUAAUUACACAGGAUUCAGAGAAAUAUGUGGAAAGACUUCUAGAAUUGUUUAGGAAAUUCAGUAAACUAGUUCAUGAUGCAUUUUCUGAUGAUCCUCGAUUUUUAACCGCAAGGGAUAAAGCAUUUAAAGCUGUCGUCAACGAUACCACGGUGUUUAGGUUAGAAUUGAACACUGGAAGGAACGCGGGUGGGAAAGUCGUGGCUCCUGAAAGUAAAUGCCCAGAGCUCUUAGCGAAUUAUUGCGAUAUGUUGUUAAGACGAACGCCUUUAUCUAAGCGUCUUACAAGUGAAGAAAUCGAAACAAGGCUCAAGGAUGUUUUGCUAGUGCUUAAGUAUAUAUCGAAUAAGGAUGUUUUUAUGCGUUAUCAUAAGGCCCAUUUAACGAGAAGAUUAAUUUUAGAUGCGAGCGCGGAUAGUGAAAAAGAAGAAGAUAUGGUGGAGUGGUUGCGCGAAGUUGGUAUGCCUGCAGACUAUGUAAACAAAUUAGCGCGAAUGUUUCAAGAUAUUAAAGUUAGUGAAGAUUUGAAUGGACAAUUUAGAGCUUCCACUGCUAGACAUGAUGCAAUUAAUAUUAAAAUAUUGAAUGCUGGUGCUUGGGCGCGAGGUUCAGAGCGUGUCACUGUCAGUUUGCCGGUUGAACUUGAGGACUACAUCCCAGAAGUAGAAGAAUUUUACAAGAAGAAACACUCAGGAAGAAAAUUACAAUGGUACCAUCACAUGAGUAAUGGCACAAUCACAUUUGCUACCAAUGGCGGGAAAUUCGAUUUAGAUGUAACUACUUUUCAAAUGGCUGUGCUGUUUGCAUGGAAUCAACGACCACAUGACAAGAUUACAUACGAAAAUCUGCGACUAGCAACCGAACUUCCAGAUGGUGAACUAAGACGAACUUUAUGGUCGCUAGUCGCUUUCCCCAAAUUGAAAAGACAACUGUUGUUGAUGUCACCAAGUGUCAGCGCACCAAAAGAUUUUACAGAACAUACAGUCUUCUGGGUGAAUCAGGAUUUUGCACUUAUUAAAAACGCAAAACCACAAAAGCGAGGAAAGGUUAAUUUGAUUGGACGUUUACAAUUGAGUACAGAAAGGUCACAGAUGGAAGAUAAUCAGUCCAUUGUACAACUCAGAAUACUCAGGACUCAAGAAGCUAUUAUUAAGAUCUUGAAAAUGAGGAAGAGAAUAUCGAACGCCUCUUUGCAAACUGAGUUGGUGGACAUUUUGAAAAACAUGUUUCUUCCUUCUAAGAAAAUGAUCAAGGAACAAUUAGAGUGGCUGAUUGAACACAAGUAUAUGAAAAGAGAUGACGAUGAUAUUAAUACAUUUAUUUACAUUGCAUAAAGUUGUUACAAAUAAUAAAACAUUUGUUACAUACCUAAA